CAAAACCUGCGUUCGUCGGAAAGUAAACGAUUAAUAUUUUGUGUAGCGUUUAAAGAAAAACUCAUAAAAAUGCCUCCUUUGGAGCCAAAUGGAGAAAAAACCGAUGAACCGGGACCGAUAAAUUCGGUGGUGGGAAUAAUUUAUCCACCACCUGAGGUGAGAAAUAUUGUUGAUAAAACCGCAAGUUUUGUUGCUAGAAAUGGCCCAGAGUUUGAGGCUCGUAUCCGUCAAAAUGAAUUGGGAAACCCGAAGUUUAAUUUCUUGAACAGUGGGGAUCCAUAUCAUGCGUAUUAUCAACACAAAGUCAAUGAUUUCCGUGAAGGAAAAGGUCAAGAACCAGCUACAAAUUUACCUGCAGCAAUAUCAAAACUAUCAGUUACUGCAUCAGCACAACAGAAACAACAAGAAAUUUUAAAACAAGUUGAGCAACCAUUUGUUCCAAAAGAUCCUCCACAAGAAUUUGAGUUUAUAGCUGACCCACCUUCCAUUUCUGCUUUAGAUUUAGAUAUCGUUAAGUUAACAGCACAAUUUGUUGCCCGUAAUGGCAGACAAUUCUUAACCCAACUCAUGAACAGGGAGCAACGUAACUUUCAAUUUGAUUUUUUAAGACCCCAGCACUCUUUGUUCCAAUAUUUUACAAAAUUACUGGAGCAAUACACCAAGGUACUUAUUCCACCAAAAAGUAUGCAACAGAGAUUAAGAGAUGAAGCCAAAAGUGCCAGGUCUGUUUUGGAACAAGUUAAAUACAGAGCAGAAUGGCAAAGGUACCAGGAGCAACAAAAAGCUAAAGAGGAGGAAAUAUUGGAAAGAGAAAGAGUUGCUUAUGCACAAAUUGAUUGGCAUGACUUUGUUGUGGUCGAAACUGUAGAUUAUCAACCGUUUGAAAUCGGUAAUUUCCCGCCGCCAACUACUCCAGAAGAAGUGGGAGCACGUUUGCUUAUUCAAGAGAGAAUUGAAGAAGGAGAGGACAUUGAAAUGCAACUUGAGAGCGAUGAUGAGGAAUCUGCACCACCCACCGAUGAAGGUUUAAGUCAUAUGCAAGACAGGACGCACGGUCGCAAAGGUAGAGAUGAUAAUCGCGUACAAGACAUGGAAGAGGAUAGUUCCGAUGAGGACUCUCGCGGACCAUCAAAGCCUUCUCAGCCUUCAAUUCAACCACCAAUGCCGCCAAUACCUGAUAAGGUUGUCGUUAAGAAAUAUGAUCCCAAACAAGCUGUUAAAGUCACCAGACCAACCGUGGGUGAUGACUUUUUGGUAUCGCCUAUCACCGGCGAGAAAAUCCCCGCCAGCAAAGUGCAGGAGCACAUGCGCAUCGGCCUGCUGGAUCCAAGGUGGGUCGAGCAAAGAGACAAGCAGGUGAUGGACAAGAUGAACCAGGAAACCGUCUACGCCGCCGGUUCUGCAAUUGACGCUAGUCUGAAAUUGUUGGCCGAAAGACGUACCGAUAUUUUCGGUGUGGGCGACGAAGAAACCGCCAUCGGUAAGAAAAUCGGCGAAGAGGACGUUCGCAAGGACGAAAGGGUCACCUGGGACGGACACACGUCCAGCGUCGAGGCGGCCACCAGAGCCGCCCGCGCCAACAUCACUUUGGAAGAGCAAAUCCACCAGAUACACAAGGUUAAGGGCCUGUUGCCCGACGAGGAGAAGGAAAAAAUCGGGCCCAAGAAUGUAAUGGGUCAGUCUAAAAACGCUAAAGGCAAUAAAGGACAGCAAAUGCAAAAUCAACAAAAACCCCCGCAGAUGCCUCCCAUGCCCACUCAACCCACCAUACAGCUACAAGUGGCCCCUCAACCAAUAAUAGCACCCCAACCCCAAAUUAUGAUGAUGCCAGCUCCUCCCAUGGCUCAAAUGAGACCUCCACCAUUGAUGAUGGCUGCUCCACCACCAAUGGGCGGAUUUGUGACUCAAUUGCCACCGCAAAUGGCUCCCCCUAUGAACAUGCCCCACAAGCAUCCAAAUGAAGGGCCCUUGGAAGAAGAACCAUCCAAUAAGAAGAUGAGGAAUGAGGAUUCCCUUGUGCCAGAGGAAGUGUUUUUGGCGCGCAAUCCGAGUCCUGUGUCCAUCAAAGUGGCGAUCCCUGUAAUCCCGGACAAACCCGAAUGGAAACUCACAGGUCAAAUGGUUAGUUACACUUUGCCCCUGUCAGAGAGUGUUUCAAAUCUUAAGGUUAAGAUUCAAGAGGAAACCAACAUGGCUCCUGCCAAACAAAAGCUGUUCUUUGAUGGAAUGUUCUUUAAAGAUUCAAACACGUUGGCGUAUUACAAUAUUACACAGGGAGCAGUUAUUCAGCUUCAAGUAAAAACUCGUGGUGGAAAGAAGUAAUUUUGUAUGUAUUGCUGAAUAUCUUAUAAUCCUUAAGAAAUAAAGUGGAUUUUUAUCAA